CGGCGGGAUCAGAGCGGGGAGGGAGUGAGGCAGCGGCGGAGCGGGCGCGCCACAGCCACAGUUCACAUUUCGAGAGAAGACGCGCAAUCCCUCUGAAAUAUUUUUUCUGUCGAUCUCGGGUAACAAAACAAGCGGAGCAGGACUCGUCCCGCUCACCGGAGCAGAUUAUCACAUUAUCCCCAGGACUUGGCUGCUUCUUGAUUUUCCCGGACGGCAGCUUUCAAACAGCCCCACAGGAUACAAGUUAUUUACAGUAGCACAACCGGGAGAGCUUGGAAGAUGGGUUCAGUCCCAGCGAUAUCUGUCCUUAUUUUGGGCAUCGUGGUUCCAGCGCUGGCCGGCUAUAUUGAGGCGCUGGCAGCCAACGCAGGCACAGGGUUUGCCGUGGCCGAGCCGCAGGUGGCCAUGUUCUGCGGAAAGCUCAACAUGCACGUCAACAUCCAGACCGGCCGCUGGGAGCCCGACCCGUCCGGCACCAAGAGCUGCGUGGGGACCAAAGAAGGCGUGCUGCAGUACUGCCAGGAGAUGUACCCCGAGCUCCAAAUCACAAACGUGGUCGAAGCCAAUCAGCCAAUCAGGAUCGAGAACUGGUGCAAGAAGGAGAAGAAGGUGUGCAAAGGGCACGCCCACAUCGUGGUGCCUUACAAGUGUUUAGUGGGCGAGUUUGUGAGCGACGUGCUCCUGGUCCCAGAGAAGUGCAAGUUCUUCCACAAGGAGCGCAUGGACCUGUGCGUCAGCCACCAGCAGUGGCACGGCGUGGCCAAGGAGGCUUGUGCCAAGAGCUCCAUGGUGCUGCACAGCUACGGCAUGCUGCUGCCCUGCGGCAUCGACAAGUUCCACGGCACCGAGUACGUGUGCUGCCCCGCCUCCCGCGCCGGGGACUCCGCCCCCCCCGCCCCGCCCUCGCAGGAGGACGAGGAGGAGGAGGAGGAGGAGGAGGACGAGGAGAUCGACGAGGCCGAUCUGGACGACGAGGAGACCGUAGAGGACAGCGAGACGCCAGCUGAUGAACAGCCCACCCAGAAGGAGGAGCCCGCGGACGAGGACGAAGACGAGGAGGACGAAGACGAGGAGGAGUACCAUUACGUGUACGAGGACGAGGAGGCCGACAAGGAGGACGAGGACGACAGGAGAGAGAGCGGCAGGACGUCCGAGAGCCAAGACGAGGACAAGGCUCUGCAGGAAGUGAAAGCGGUGUGCACCCUGGAGGCGGAGACCGGCCCCUGCCGCGCCUCCAUGCCCCGCUGGCAUUUCGACAUGAGCCAGAGGAAGUGUGUGCGCUUCAUAUACGGGGGCUGCGCCGGCAACCGCAACAAUUUCGACUCUGAGGAGUACUGCAUGGCCGUGUGCAAGCGCCUGACCGUGCCGCCGACCCCCCAGCCCACCGACGACGUGGACAUCUACUUCGAGACCCCGGCCGACGACAAGGAGCACAGCCGCUUCCAGAGGGCCAAGGAGCAGCUGGAGAUCAGGCACCGCAACCGCAUGGAGAGGGUAAGGAAGGAAUGGGAGGAGGCUGAGCGCCAAGCUAAGAACCUGCCCAAGGCCGAGAGACAGACACUGAUCCAGCAUUUCCAAGCCAUGGUGGAGUCCCUGGAAGAGGAGGCGGCCAGCGAGAAGCAGCAGCUGGUGGAGACUCACCUGGCCCGCGUGGAGGCCAUGCUCAACGACCGGCGCCGCCUGGCCCUGGAGAACUACCUGGCCGCCCUGCAGGCCGACCCCCCCAGGCCCCACCGCAUCCUGCAGGCCCUCCGGAGGUACGUCCGCGCCGAGAACAAGGACCGCCAGCACACCAUCCGCCAUUACCAGCACGUCCUGGCCGUGGACCCGGAGAAGGCCGCUCAGAUGAAGUCCCAGGUGAUGACCCACCUGCGAGUGAUCGAGGAGAGGAUGAACCAGAGCCUGUCUCUGCUCUACAAAGUACCUUAUGUGGCCGAGGAGAUUCAGGAUGAAAUUGAUGAGCUACUCCAGGAGCAGAAAGCAGACAUGGACCAGUUCCUGUCAUCCAUCUCUGAAUCUCAGCCAGACGUCACAGUGUUGUCGGAGGAGAGCGUGGAGGUUCCUGCCGCCGAGGGCAAACCAUACCGGCCCUUCCAGGUCACCUCACUGGGGUCCCGUCCAGAGCCGGAGGGUGAUCUAUCAGACUCCCCACGUGCCUUCAAGAAAGGCUCUGGCAUGUCUGGCUUGGACGGGCUGAUAGGUGCUGAGGAGAGGAUCAUCAACAGCAAAGCCAAGAUCAACGACAACGUGGUGAUUGAUGAGUCUCUGGAUGUUAAAGAAGUGAUUUACAGUGCAGAGAGAGUCAGCGUUAUGCAUGAUGAUGAGUUGGAGUCCUACGGCCCUCUGGGAGAGGACUUCAGCAUCGGGAGCAGCGCACUGAUUGGCUUGCUGGUUAUUGCGGUGGCCAUAGCAACUGUGAUUGUGAUCAGCCUGGUGCUUCUGAGGAAGAGGCAGUACGGCACCAUCAGUCACGGCAUUGUGGAGGUCGAUCCCAUGCUGACGCCAGAGGAGCGCCACCUCAGCAAGAUGCAGAAUCACGGCUACGAGAACCCCACCUACAAAUACCUGGAGCAGAUGCAGAUCUAACUUGAGCCAACGGUGGGCGCUGUCGAGCCUGAGAGGGGGGACGCACCGGAGGAGGAACAUACUACUGACCAAUAACACAUGAUGCUAUUGUCAAAAAUCAUUUGCAUUACAUCCAAAAUCCAUUUACCGGUUUGUUCAAAACAAUCCUUAAAUAAUGCUACUACUUCUACUACUGCUACUAUUGUACUAUAGCGCUCUUUUUGAUCAUGUUUCUUUUGAGAAAGGUGACGUUAUCUGCCAUUUUGCAUUCUGGAAAAAAAAAAAAUGUGAUUCAGCAGAUUUCUCUGUAAUUAUGAAUACAGCUAUCUCAGAUCAAGGUGUACAACAUUUCUUCAGAUGUUUUUUUUUUUUCUUCAUUUCUUUUUAAAAGUGUAAGGCGAAUCAAGCAAAAAUUAAAGUUAAAUGUAUUUGAGUAGCCAUCUUCAAAUUGACACACGCACCAGACACUACACCUUUGGUUCCCAUCGUACAAAGUGUCCAGUUUCUGAUGGUUUUCUCAAAAAGAAUUGGUGUUUCUUUUUUCUUUUCUUUUUUUCUUCUUCUUCUUAAUAGAUUGCUUGUAUAUGAAGGUUCUUUGUACCAAUUAAAAUGUAUAGUGAAACAACAAAUGAGAAAAAAAAAAUGAAAACAAAUCAUGAAUUAUUUACUUUCUGUUCUUUGUUAUGAUAACUGACAAAAUAUACAUAUACAGUUUAAAUAUAUAUAAGAGUAGAUGUUUUUAUUCCACCUUUUUUUCCCAGGGAAGAGGCGAUUAAUGAGUUGGAUUGUGGUUCUGUACGCUCGGUGGUCACGAGUUGUGUUCGCAGGCACACGUGUUAAGAAGGCUUGGAGAAGGUGUGCACAGGUCCCCAGCUCAAACCCAUCACCCAGAACCUGCUCUGAACCCCGAUCUAAGUGAAUGUGAUAUAUCCCAAUCAUAAUCCCCCCCCCCCGCCCCCUACACACACUCUUCAUCCAUGGGGAAGUAGGCUAAUUCGAUAGAUGAGGUAGCACCUAUUGACAUGUUACAUAGUUGAAUGUAUUGUGGAGGCUUGUUUUCCAUACUAUGUACCUGAAAUGUUCUCUUACAGCUCUGAUUUUAAGGCCACGUACAAGCAGCAGGUGAAGAAGACAAAAAUGAGUGAUUUCUCUUUUCUUUUUUUCUUCUGUUUUGCACAAAUGAACUAAAGUGUGGGGGGAAAAAAACAAACAAAAAAAAACAAGUACUACAGGAGCUAAUCUGGAAAAAUUAAAUUGGGGGAUGAUGUACACACACGCUCAGUGGAAACAGCUGUCUGCUUUGCUGGUCCUCAAGCGCAGAAACAGCGAGAGCGGCCUGGUAGAUCAAAGCCACACGGAGGCGACUCGGAGCUGCAGGGCUAUGCAGGCAGACAGAGGCUCGGAAAGACAAAAGCUUGGAGAACCUUGUUUCGAAAUAAAGCUAACAUGUAUUUUUACAGGUAGAGAAUGGCACAAACAAGUAAAUUGAAUCCUGGAGUCCUCUUUUCUCUCUCUCUCUUUCUCUCUCUCUCUCUCUCUCUCUCUCUACCUCUCUUUCUCUCUCACUCUCUCUCUCUCUCUCUCUUAGUAUUGUCUUUGUAUGCCUGUAUAGUUGAUGUUGCAAUCAUGGCUUUUUUCAGAGGAUUACCCGUGGUGUGCAUUGUUCUUAUAUGAAAUGAUAUGAUAUAUAUUUUUAAGUUUGUUUUUUCUUGUUUUCUAUUUCUCUCUUCCUGUGACAGUAUCUCUGUAUGUGACUGUCUCACUAUGCACCCAAACGGCUUCAAUCUUGUAAUUGCCUGCUUGAUUGUGGGAGGGGACUGGGAACUAAUAUAAUAUACAUAUUAGUGACAUAAAAAAUUGAUUGACACCAGUGGAAACAGAUUUACGGUUAUGGGGGGAAAACACAUCAAUAAACUCACAACUUCCAUA